AAAUCAUAGUCAGCCCAUAAACUUAAAGCAGCAUGGAUUUCGAAGCAAUUGUUGAAAAGUCCAAGGCCUUCAGCCACAAGCCACCACCAGAGGUCUAUCUGGAGUUCUACGGGCUCUACAAGCAGUUCAAUGUGGGUGACAUCGACAUUGAGCGUCCCGAUGCCUCGGAUAAGGAGGCCAGUGGCAAAUACGAGGCCUGGCUUAGCCGCAAGGGCAUGUCUGUAGAUGCCGCCAAAGCUGCUUACGUCACACUCUAUGAGAAAUACGCUCCCAUGUACACAUAAAUUUGAUUAAAGUUUGCAAUCAACUGUAUUCAAUGGUAGCAAAGUACAGUUGCUUACUCAGCUUAGUUACUGCCGGACCAGACCUUUGAUACAAGUCUUGCACAAAAGCAA